AAACCAUAUUUGAUGUAAAACUAGCUUUAGAUAUAACUCACAUUAUAUAACUGCUAUAACAUUAGUAUCUUUGUUAACGGUUAAUUACAAUAUUAGGUUUACCACAUUAUUGGUAAUUAGAAUAGGUUAGGUUAGAACGUGGGUCCCCACUGUGUGGACAUGACGGUGUACUGUACGUAGAUAUCUUCUCUACCUAAUAAUUGAGAAUGAAUGAAAUAUUUGAAAAUUGUCAAAACAGAUUACAGAGUCAUCCAAAGUUGAUUCUUUCUCUUAAAAAUAUUUUCAGAAAUACUCCAUUUGAUGAGUUUUUGUCAGAGUUUAUUUCAUAUUUAAAACAUUCUCUUGUGAUUUCACAUCAUUAUCCUGCUGUUGAAAGAACAUUAGAAUUUGUUUCAAAAUUUGUUACUGAAUUAUAUAAGGAGGAGGAAGAAAUUGAAAAUGAUGAAAAUAAAAGUAAUAAUAUAGAACAUUCACAGAAUCACCUAAUUAAUAAAUUGUUUGAAUAUUUGAUUCAGAUUCGUUGUGCAAAAGAUCAAGCUGUACGGUAUCGAGUAUGUUAUUUAAUAAACAAAUUACUCAUCAAUCUUCCUGCUGAAGCAGAUAUUGAUGAUAUCUUAUAUGAGAAACUUUGUCGAAGCAUGCUAGAGCGACUUCAAGAUAAAGGAAACAACGUCCGAACUCAAGCUGUACAUGCUCUUUCACGCCUUCAAGAUCCAUCAAAUAAUUUAUGUCCUGUUAUAGAAGCAUAUCUAUUUCACUUGAAAUGUGAUCCUUGUGCUGAAGUAAGAAGAGCUGUUAUACUUAAUAUUGGUGCAUCAUCUAAAACAUUAAUCCCAAUAAUUAAUCGGACAAAAGAUGUUAAGGAUAUAGUUCGUCGAGCUGCUUAUAUUUGUUUAGCUGAAAGAAUACAUAUUAAAUCUCUCUCCAUUUCUCAGAGAAUUCUUUUAUUGCAGAGGGGAUUAAAUGACAGAUCAGAGAUUGUACGUAGUACUGUAGAAAAAAAACUUCUUUUAAACUGGUUGGAAUUGUGUGAAAAUGAUAUAGUAAAGUUUCUACAAUGUCUUGAUGUACAAGAAUCUGAAGAAAUUAGUGAAAAAGCUUUAAAUUCUAUUUUUUCUAUGAAAACACCAGAAAUAUUAACUGAACAAUGCAACAUUUUAAAUAAUGAAAACAUGAUUCCUAAGGAGGGAAUUACAUGUGAGAAUGCAUUUUAUUGGUAUUGCUUAUGUAAAUAUCUCAGAUCUCUAAAAACACCAACUGCAGAUGAAUGUUUAGAUUCAAUAUUGCCAAAUCUUGUGUCAUUUUGUAGUUUUGUUGAAAGUUAUAUUCUUCAAUCACAGAGUGACAUUGAAAAACUAUUGGAUCAUUGCUUCAUCAGUUGUCAACUGAUAAACUUAAUUUCAGAAUGUGAAUUUUCAGAUCAAGCUGGAAGGAAAGCUUUUCAACAAUUAUUUUUGAAGCUGGUUGAAGAUUCAAAUGUUUAUUUGACUCUCAUGGAGCCUUUAGUCAAAUGUUACACUAAACUUCAUCUCAAUCCUGAAAUAUGUCUUUGCAAUAUAGCUGAAAUGAUUUCCGAUAUUCAACAACCAAUUAUGGUGAUUACUAAAGAGUGUUCCCCAAGAACUAAAAAAGACACUGAAAUGAAGAUAGCAAAAAUAUCUGUUGAACUUAAUUGUCUCAGGGAUUGUUUGGAAGAAAAUUUGAAAAAUGCUGAGUAUUCUGCUGCACAAAAAGUCAAAGAUAAAAUUACAGAAUUAGAGGCUUUAAAAGAAGAAUAUGAAUUGUUGAUUCAGCCUAAUAUAGAAGAAGUGCGUAAAGAAAAGAAUGAUUCCCAAAUACUUUUGAAGUGUAUUACUAUAAUAUGUGAAACUCUGAAACAGAUUAAUUUGAAAACAGUAACUCCUGUUCUACAAUCAACUAUGGAAACAUUGUUAUUACCUGGCAUUCAAAAUGAAGAUCCUGCAAUUAGAAAACAGGCAGUUAUGGGAUUAGGAUUAUGUUGUUUAUUAAAUUAUGAUAUUGCAUGUAAACAUUUUUUCCUCUUUCUUCAGAUAGCUCAAGUUGAUCAAGAAUCCAUUCAAGUGACGGCAUUCAAAGCUAUAUUUGAUCUUCUUUUACUGUAUGGAUUAGAUUCAUUCCAGAAGGAUUUUCACCCAGAAGAUACUGAUACUAUUCCAGAAACACCUACAGAUGAAGGUGAUGAAAUUACUACUGAAAAUAUAUCUAAAGAUCUUGUUUCCAAUAUUCUGGCUAUUUUAAGUUCUCAACUGAAUAGUGAGUUUGAGCAAGUUCGGACAGUAAUGGCAGAAGGUAUUGGAAAGCUAUUGUUUCAAGGGCGUGUGACUUCUUCUAAUUUUUUAACACAGUUAAUCUUACUUUGGUAUAAUCCAGUAACAGAAGAUGAUUGUUAUUUACGACAUUUCCUUGGAGUUUUUCUUCCUGCAUUUGCUUCUUCUAAAAGAUGUAAUCAAGAUCAGUUUGAAGAAGCUUUCUUACCUACUCUUAAUGCUCUGUUUGAUGCUCCAUAUUCCAGUCCAUUAGCUCAAAUAGAUCAAACUAAUGUUGCCAAAUUUAUGUUAGAAUUAACUAAUCCUUAUUUAAUUCCAAAUGAAAAACAAGAUAUUACUAUUCAUGAUCAUUUGUCUAUUGGAAUUUGUAAUGAAAUUUUGAAAAAUCCUCAUUCUGGAAAAGCUCAACUUUUUGCAAAAAUUUUAAACUACUUAAAGCUCUCAUCUAGUGCUUUAAGUAUACUUAAUGACUUGGAUGUUCUCUGUGAAGAUAUUCUAAAGAUCCAUCCUGCUGUAUAUGGAGUAAAGUCAGUAGAAAAAUUUCAUCAAACUGUUAAAUCAUAUUUACUUAUGCAGAACAAAUCCAAUCAAUCAAUGGAAUAUAACAAGUAUGAUGAUAAAGAAAGCAUAAUUUCCUGCAAAUCUUCUCAGCCAUUGAGUCCUAUUCCUAUUUCAGAAAUAAGAAAUGGAAGAGAAUUAGAUAUAAUUUCAGUGUCAUCUUCACCACAAUCUAAUAUUACCUCUGUCACCACCACCAUCACCACCACCAGCACUGAUCAGGUAGAUAAUGAAGAAUUGAUGGAUCAGAUUUUAGACAGUUCUCCAAUAUCUCUCACGCCAAAAAUUGUAACAAGAUCUAGAACAAGAAAGGAUUUAACAUUUUCUACUGCAAAGAAGUCAUCACGCAAGAAAAACAAAAAGUGAUGCUUUUCUAAAUAAUUAAUUAAUUGAAUAAUCAUUGUGCAUUUUUGUUUCAUUUUACUUUAAGUAAAAGAAUCUUAAUACAUGAAACAGUUGAAUAUAUAUAUAUUUUUAUAUUUGUUUUGUGAAACAUGUAUAAUUGUACAAUUUAACUGAAUUAGUUUGAAAUAAUAAAAGUUUGGUAUU